CACAAAAAGUUCUCCAUAGAAGGCAAACUUUUCAAUUUUAAGAACAUCAUUGGACUGAACAUGCAAAUUAUCAUCUUCUCCUAAUUUCAAAACUUCUCAUAAAUUUGGCGCCUUUUCCCACCAUUAUCAGACGCUUCCAGCAGAAUCUUCAUCUCAGAAACCCUAGCAGAAGAAGAAAGAAAACCAAAAAUGGUUCUUCUCCAGAACAACCAAGCCGCUUCUCGUAAGCGUCCAGCGGUGAAAUCCAAAACGGGAUUUGUUCCUCCUUUUGCUCCGCCCGCCAAAAUCCCCAAAUCCGCUGAGGAAAAUGUUCCCCAAAUAGCUUCGGAAUCCGAACCGCCAAAGUUAGGGAAAUCACAAACCGCGAGUUCGACUGAGAAAAUGAUAUCAGUUCUAGCGGAUGCAGGCUGCACACUGAUCAACCCGUCGGGUCCGCCAUGUUUACCGUCCGACCUUCAUAAGCUUCGGAACAGUCUCAACCGUCUCUUCUCAUCCGAUUCCUCUCUAAAGUCUGAGUUCGUUCAAGGCUUAUCGUCUUACAUUAACUCUCCCGGUAACCUUCGACGCAUUUUAUCACCUUCAAGACGUGAUGGACUUGGAUCAGUACGAAGUGACAGUCUGGCAAGAGUACUGCUACUGGUUCCUUCCAUCCAGUCACACAUUCAAAACUUGCUGCUUGAAAAGCUUCCUGAGUAUUUUGAUGUGGACCCUGGUGGAAAUGUUGGAGGGAGAUCAUCCUCUUUAUGUCUUGAAGAAGACGUAGCAAGGCUGAUUCUGAACCAAUUCCGGUGGCUUGACUUCCUUGUAGACUCAGAAACAUUUACUGAAAAACUGUUUGAAGUAUUAUCUAUUUGCCCGGUUCACUUGAAGAAGGAGAUAAUUGGGUCAUUGCCUGAGAUUAUUGGGGAGAAAAACAACAAAACUGUCGUAGAUUCGCUUCAGGAGAUGCUUCAAGAGGAUUCUUCCAUUAUUGUUCCCAUGCUCGACUGUUUCUCUAACCUCCAUUUGGAUGAUAUGUUGCAAGAACAGGUCAUUACAGUGGCGUUAUCUUGUAUCCGAACGAUUGAUGUGGAGCAUAUGCCCUACCUAUUGAGAUUCCUACUGCUUUUGGCUACGCCAGCCAAUACUCGUAGGAUUAUUUCACACAUCCGACAUCAGCUCAAACUUGUUGGAGCAUCGAAUGUUUGGACCACACAGCAGAGUAAGAUGAAGGGAAAGUCAGUCGUCAACAAUGCAGAAGCUUCAAUACUUGAUGCCUUGCGGACAAGUCUUCGAUUUAAUAAAGUAAUUUGCCAAGAGACAUUGAAUGAACUGAAAAGCCUUGAGAAUGUUCAGAAUCAUAAGGUGAUAGACAUAUGGUUGCUUAUGCUUAUAUACAUGAACAGCGAGCCUUUACAAAAGAGUGUUGAGAAGUUACUGAAGAAGAAAAUUCUUGAGGGCUGUAUAGUGGAAACAAUGUUUGAUCAAUGUGUUUCUGGGAAUAAGGAUUUGGCUCAGGAUUAUCUUCCUACCCUCCUUUCCAUUUCUGAGUACUUACUGGCUUGCAAAGAAGCCAAAGCCCGGGAAUUCGGCAUUCACAUGUACACAUAUCUAUUCAAAGAGCUUGUGGAUAGUUAUUCAAGACAGGAAGUCCUUGGAGCAUUAAUUACUCAUGUGGGCUCUGGGAUAAGUCAUGAAGUGAGUUCUGCUUUGGAUGUGCUGGUCCUCCUAGCCUCAAAGUACUCACAGGAGUUGAUUCCACUAUCUUCUCAUAUAACUGGCAUCCUAGAUUACUUGGAGACAUUUAGUGUUCAAAACCUGCAUAAGGUGUAUGAAGCUUUCAGUCUUUUGGCAUUUUCUGCUCAAGUGAGUACAGUGUCCUUUGGAUCUCCUAUUUCAAAUGAACUACUAGUGAUUGUGAGAAAGCAGCUGAGUAAUCCUGAUCUCAUUUAUAAGAAGAUGGGCUUAAUUGGCACUCUCAAGAUUGUCUCCUACCUUGGGGAUGCAAAAGCGACAAAGCAACUUUCAUCAUCUCAGAAGUCAAAUUACGAGGAAGCUUUGGAGCUUUUGGAAACAUCUAUGAAUUCUUGCAAGCAGCUGCCACUUCCAUUAAUUAUGUUCUAUGAUGAUCUGGCUUUAACAUUGAAGAAAAAGGCACUUCAUCCAGCCAUAGUAGAAUGGACAAGCAAACGUGUUGGGGACUUCGAAUCAAAGUUUUUGUGUGACCUCGACGGUGGGGAGCUUAUGGUCAAAGAGUUAUAUUGUGGUUUGGAAGGAGAUUUAUGGAUGAACCUUGAUGGAGACAUAUCUCCUAUAUGUCUGAAUGUAUUGCCACUUGUAUCCUCUUCAUUGCGGGCCGCCUCAUCACUGCAAAUUCUUCCUGCAAACUUCGUUUUGCUGUCUUCAAUUGAGAGGUUGGCAAAUCAAGGAUCUCUUGCAGGGAUUGAUGCACUUCUUGGCUGCCCUAUACACCUUCCUUCCUCUAAGUUCUUCUCUGAACCACUUUGGGGCUCUUUAAGUGGAAAGCAAAAGCAAAUCAUUAUCUUAUCAUUGUACUAUGCUGCCAAUUGGCUGCGGGAACUGCUCAAUGCCUUUUGCACUCAAGCUGUCAAUGAAUGUGAUGCAUUCAGUCAAGCAACAAGAGAGGAGAUAACUCUUAAACUUUUUAAGCGGUUGAGGAACCUCGUAUUCCUGGAGAGCUUGCUAAACAGUUCCCUCAGACAGUGCUCCUUUUCUUUACCUGAACUCCAACCUCAUCUGGAGUCCUUGUCACCGAACCAGCUUGAUCAUAAUAGAGAUCAGGAGAUUAAGAAUGAGCAUGGUAAUGGGAAUGGUGGUUUAUCACAAAAGAAGAAGAAAGAGAAAAAGACCAGUCAAGCAUCACUUACUGAUGGAAAACUUAGGCAGCCAACCAUCGUGGAUGUUCUAAGGAAAGCAGGUGCAGUUCCGAGCCAAGAACCAAGUGUGAGUCCUUCUGGAACGUGCUCUAAAGGUAGCACACCUGAGCCCUCAGGGAAUCAACCACGUAAUUCUAAUCUACCAGCAAAUGUCGAUGUUUCUACCGCUGUGGAGCAUGUGGAAGCACAAAGAUACAAAUUCAGGCCUCUUUUGCUGGAUUGCUUUGCCAUCUUAGCUUUUCAGAAGACUCAGGAUUCCUGCUGUGCAGAUCCAGCUUCUGAGUUGCCCCUUUGUCUAUAUAUUCUGCGGGAUCUAAACAGAAAGCUGGACUACUUCAGUCCACGAAGGCAUAUAUUGGUUAGGCGCAUGAGUGUUCCUCCUGCAUUUGGUGAGAUGAAAGUAAUAGAGUUCAUAAGCAAAAUUCAGCCAAUAUUUCCUUCUCUUAGAAGGCACUUGAAUUCUGCAUUAUCUGGUGUUAGAGCAGAUACAGAGAUAUGCCCAGAUCAUUGGAAAACUCAUUCCGCCUUUGCUGGAAAUCCUGAUAUACCCAAUAUUACAAUCUUUAGACCAUCAGUUUCAAGACUUGUCAUAAAAGAGACACUUCAAUGCUUUGGCAAGAUGCUAAACAUUCCGGAUGUUCAGAGAGACAGGUCAGUACUUACUGAUCUUCUGGAGGCAUUCCAGCCAAUCAGCAUGACAGACUGCUUUUUCCAAGGCAUGCAAUUGAUUCCUUCACCAGGAGACAUAGGUUAUUUAUAUGCUGGUGCAUAUUCAUUCGUGGGGACUAUCUUUGAUUCAGCACGUGCUGUCUCAUUUGCUUUGGCAUCCGAAGUAUUGUUAAGCUUAGAAUCAGUACUUGCCUCUAUCCGAACUAUCCUAGAUAACGAUCUCGAUGAUAUUGGAAAAGAUAUUCGCACAGGUUUUUCGAAAGAGCUACUUUCUUUUCUGUCAAAGAAGCUGGGAACUUUUGCUUACAAACUCUUGAUGGAAAAGUGUGAUGGUGUUAAUGACAUUGAAGAUGGUCAGAAAGUCAAAGCAGAGGUCAUUCAAAAGCUUUUACGAAUUUACUUGGAAAAUAGCGAGUCCACUUCCGAUUCCCUAAGUGAACUUGCCUGCUCCGUUUUGCCCCAGGUUUCAUCACGCAAAUCUGCAGCGGAAGAUGGCUGUAGUUUUCCUACUCUAUGUCCUGCAACAUUUUGCAUUUGGUACAGGGUGAUGCAUGAAGAGAAUCUUGCUAUGAUUAACCGCUUGGUUAAGGAAAUUUCACUGCUGGAGAAAGCCAGAGGUGGAGUUGAAGUGGAAGAUGUCAAAUGCCUUCUGAAGAAACUACAACAAUCUGUUAAUGUGGUUGUGUCUUUAGUCAACAUGUGCAAGACUCACGAUAAGGUCAACGUUCGUGCAAUUGCUGUCAAGUUCGGUGGGAAGUUUGUUGACUCUUUCCUCAAAGCUUUUGGUUUCUUGCAGGGGCAAUUUCAAUUGCAGCGUGAGCAAAUAAUUCAGAUGGUUAGAGAGCUUCAGAUGGCAACGAGAACUAUACAGACGCUGUGUUCAGAAGCAAAGGGCAUGAAACAAACAGCAAUAACCAGCAAAAUCCCAAUCACCAAGAGAUCUAUGGAGCGGUUCUUGUUUCGUGUCAAGGAACUUCUUCACUCAACGUCAACUGGAUGCACUUUUUGGAUGGGCAAUCUAAAGCAUAAAAAUUUGAUGGGGGAUGUAGUAAGCUCCCAGGCAUAUAUAGAUGAUCAAAAUGACAAUAUGGACAAUGUUUCUAUGGAAGAUAUCGUUAUUGAUGAACCCACAGAUAUUGCUGGCGAAUGAGGACCUCAUUAAUUCAAGCAACAAGAGCUGACCUAAAAAAUAUCCGACACAGCCAGAGCUGACUCAAGACAAUUAUGUGAGCGCUAUUGAUUUCUAACUCUUAUGUGUGUGUGCGUGAUCGGUGGGUGACUAGAUCCUUGGGGACUUGCCUAUCCUUUUUUAUUACAACUCUUCAUUUGCUGUAGAUUCCAUCCCAACGACUCUUCAUUUGCUGUAGAUUCCAUCCCUCAUACCGCAUGCUUGGUUCCCAAUCUGAGAAAUGAUGAAAUAGGCAUGCAUUCGGUAAUUUACUGCCCCAUAUGACGUUUGAAAGAAAGAAGUGUAUAUACUAGUGAGGAACUAUUAUAUUAUUACAGUUUGAGAAGUCAAAACAGUUUUUCUCUGAAUGUAACAUCUCAAACAUGUCUUAAAAUAUUUCAACUUUAAGAAAAUGUAUUUAAUUGUACUUAUAGUAUAGUUUGUAAAUAUGUAGGAUUGAGUUUUAUUCAAAAUUAAGAAUUUGAUAUCCGAUUUUAGUCAAGAAAUUGGAUGCCUUGACUCUUGUAAUUGUAAAUUGCCUAUGCCCUCUGUAACAUUGGUCUGUUUGUGCCUCUAGACUAAGCAAUUGAAUAAUCUGACGAUUCUUUCUUGUAUUUGCUGGUUUCACAUCUUACAGAUCAGCCUUGGGAACUGUUAUGGUUAAGCCCUUAUUGCUGUGUUGCAAUCAGGGAUUGUUGGCAAUAUUUUUUACAUGGAUAUUAUAAAAUGGGCUUCCCCUCGGUUUCACACCAGAAGUGUGCAUCUAUUGUCUGAUAGUUUAUGCAGUGUCCUUUUGAUACAUGCUCCAUGCUCCUAUGUGGAUAAGUUGUAAUUAGCCAUCAUUAUCAAAGUUUUCUCGACACCUCUGCCUCUUCUUGCGAUUUUCUGAAUGCCUUUGCCAUGGAUAAUGUGAAUACACCUUUUGUUUUUCUCUAGAAAAUUUGGCGAGACGAAUUAGCAUGUGUUGGAUUCUUGUGGACUUGAUAUUGCGCUUGAGAAUUGUGCAUCCACGUAACCUCCUUGAACCCAUAUAUUAGAUCUAAGAUGGUCAGAGCUGUUCAUACCAACGUACCAAAUGAAGAAUGCCAGAAGCUCAAGUGUAUUAAACUGUAAACGUAGUAACAAUGAUAAAGAAACAAUAGCACCAAAGGUUGUGGUAGUAAGUGCUCCUUCCUCUUUAACUAGAGGUCUUGGAUUCGAGCUAUACCUUUGGUAGAGAAUGUUAUACCCUCAAAGUGGGUAUCGAAUGCCGGAUGAGAGACCAAAAAAAGUAAAAUAUAAAAAAACCAUAA